AUGGUCCAGCAUUUGACAUGCCGUCGUAGGCUUUCCUACAACACAGCCUCUAACAAAACUAGGCUGUCUCGAACCCCUGGCAACAGGAUUGUUUACCUUUACACCAAGAAGGUUGGGAAAGCUCCUAAAUCCGCAUGUGGUGUGUGCCCAGGCAGACUGCAAGGGGUUCAUGCUGUGAGACCCAAAGUCCUUAUGAGAUUGUCUAAGACAAAGAAGCAUGUCAGCAGGGCCUAUGGUGGGUCCAUGUGUGCCAAGUGUGUCCGAGACAGGAUCAAGCGGGCUUAUUGA